AUUUAUGACGAUUCACGUUUUACAUAAAACGAUUCUACUAAACCUAAUUAUAUGAAAAUAUAAGUGAUUUCUGUUAUUGUUAGCUGCUGUUACUAGUAACGAUUCGUUAUAAAAUGUCACGUGCACGUGGCGCUGAUGCAAUCGAAGCAAUGUCAUUCUCAGUUUCAAAUAUUAGAAACUGUACCUUAAAUACGCAUUUGCUAUGAAUUGAUUAUGUAGAUUCCCUGUAACUUAUCUAUUUUAUGUAGUAAAGUGUAAUAGCUUGAUAGGAAAUGUGCAAAAUGAAUCGACAACCUAAAAUAAUUGUUUUCGAUUUGGAUUAUACUUUAUGGCCAUUUUGGGUUGAUACUCAUGUUACUCCUCCGUUUAAAAAGAAAGGAAAUGAAGUCGUAGAUGCUUACGGUAAAGUUAUACGCUACUACAAAGAAGUACCUGAUAUUUUAAAGCGGUUAUCAGACAAAGGAUACGAGCUUGGCGUUGCAUCUCGUACUUCGGAAAUUGAAGGUGCUAAGCAAUUGUUAAAACUGUUUAAUUGGGAGAGCUAUUUUAAGUAUAAGGAGAUAUAUCCAGGAAGUAAAGUAACCCAUUUCUCUAAAAUUCAAAAAGCAUCAGGCACUGAUUAUAAGGACAUGUUAUUUUUCGACGACGAACAUAGAAAUAUUGUUGACGUCGGGAAACUUGGUGUUACUUGUAUACUUGCACGAAAUGGUGUAACAUGUGCACUUAUAGAAGAUGCUUUGAAAGAUUUUUAAUAGUUUUGAGUUUAGACAAUAAUUAUAAACAUGAGACAUUCUUCAAUAGUUUAAUACUUUAACGAUAAUAUGUACAUAAUUUUUAUUUAUUAAAAAUUGUCUUUGUAAUAGAAA